UGCUACGUAUUCAAACCUGAUUUAUUCGCUUUGUGCCAAGGGGGUCUAUAAUAUCUUUCGUCUCUUUUUCUCUUUUUGUUUGGGACCGGGAACGAAGUAUCGGACGGAACGGCGCCCCGGAUGAUAUUUCGAGUCUUGAUUAAUAUUGCUUUCUACGCCACACUUAUCACGGUUGUGACCACGUUCCUCCAUGGCAUUUGUUUGCAUUCGGCAUGCCAGUUCGAAUUGAUACCUUUCAGCAUUCACACGGGGCGGGGGUUUUCAUGCUUGUUGUGUUGUUCUUUGGACCAGCGGACUUUAGUUCAUGGCGUCAGUUUGUUCUCUCAGGGAAUUUGUGUUGAGAAAAUCCCUCCAUCUUUCUUCUUCUGCCUUUUCCCAAUACCGACACCGACACCGAUACCGAUACCGAUACCAGAUUUUCACGAGCAUGACCUUUCUACCAUUCUGGAAUUGUAUUUGCAACACCCAACAGAGCAUGUGUUAUUUUCGCCGCGGCGUUUCCACUGUUGUCGAUCGAUUGAUUGUGAUCCCUCACGAUGAAGUAGAUUAUUGAAUUUUUAUAGUGAUAUACCCUACCUAGUCUGGCUGCUAGCAAGCUAUAACGAUGAAUUAUACGGAGCUUAACGUUGUUCCUGCG